CCGAUUAUCAGGAAGUAGAAGUAGAGUUUUGUUAUCUUCUAACUGGCGUGUAAUACCAACAACCACACCAGGCAUCGCAAAAUAAGGAAAUAGCGGGCAGCUUAAAGUAGGAUAUCAAUAAUUUAUACUGAACUGACUGUCUGAAGGUGUACGUUAGGCGACUUUAUCUAUCGCCGUGUGAAAAAGACAGCGGGAGGAGCUAAAACUUAAGAGGACAGAGAUGAGUCGUGGUCCCACUCUUCAACCCCAGAUUUAUGGGGUUUGGGAACUGAAGGAACGUUUGGGUACUGGAGGGUUCGGCAAUGUCACACGCUGGCAAAAUAAGGAGACAGAGGAGCAGAUAGCCAUCAAGCAGUGCCGUCAGGAAUUGAGUAAUAAGAAUAAGGAACGCUGGUGUCUGGAGAUUCAGAUCAUGAAGAGGUUGAACCAUCAGAAUGUGGUGGCAGCCAGGGAUGUUCCUGAGGCUCUGCAGAAAUUAGCCACCAAUGACCUGCCCUUACUCGCCAUGGAGUACUGUCAAGGAGGAGACCUCCGCAAGGGUGUUACUUUGAACCUUCUGGAUAACUGCUGUGGGAUGAGGGAGGGCUCCAUCCUCAUCCUACUAAGAGACAUAUCCUCUGCUCUGAUGUACCUCCACAACAUGAGAAUUAUCCACCGAGUGAAGCCCGAGAACAUUGUCCUCCAGCAGGGAGAGAAGAGACUGAUCCAUAAGAUCAUCGACCUUGGCUAUGCUAAAGAGCUCGACCAGAGCAGCCUCUGCACGUCUUUCGUUGGAACCCUACAGUACCUGGCUCCAGAGCUGCUGGAGCAGAAGUCUUACACAGUCACAGUGGACUACUGGAGCUUUGGGACGUUGGUGUUUGAGUGCAUCACAGGAUUCCGCCCUUUCCUGCCUACUUGGCAGCCUGUGCCUUGGCACUCUAAGCUGCAGAAGAAGCAUGAGGAUGAUAUUGUGGUGUUUGAGGAUCUUCAGGGAGAUGUGCACUUCUCCAAACACCUGCCACAGCCCAACAACGUCAACAAGUUCCUAGCGAGUAAGCUAGAGUGCUGGCUGCAGCUGAUGCUGAGGUGGAGGCCUGAGGCCAGGGGCCGGGAGAUCCAUGCCAAGACGGGGCGCAAAGAGGUCCAGGAGGGGGGCUCCCACAGUGGAAGCACCUACUGCUUCAAUCAGCUGGAUCUUAUCCUAGAGCUCAAGCUGGUCCAUGUUCUGAACAUGAUCACUGCUGAGAUGCUGACCUACCCCAUGGAGCCCAGUGAGAUGGUGUCCUCCCUGCAGCAGAGGAUCUACAGGGACACCAGGAUCCACCCAGACAACCAGGAGCUGCUGCUGGAGGCCGGCCUGGCCCUGGAGCCUCACAACGAGGCCGCGCAGUGCGCCGUGGACUACAGCACGAUAGAUGGCUCGAGGAGUGAGGUGCCCUUGGUGUUUCUCUUUGACCGGUCCAACUGCAACUAUGCACCUCAAUUCAGCCCUCGACAAUUACCUGACAACAUACGCCUCGUGCAAAAAGAGCCGAAGCGGGUGCUGCAGUUUGUCCCUCUGAGGCGAACGUAUGGUCAAGCCUGGCACACCAUUCGCACCCUCAAGGAGGACUGGCAAAGACUGCAGCAGGGACAGAAAGCUGCCAUUAUGAGUCUAUUACGGCACAACGGCACCCUGUCCAAGCAGAAGAAUGAGAUGGUGUCCAUGCACCAGCGGCUGAGGGCCACUCUGGAGUUCUUCAACGCCAGCCUGCACAUAGACAUAGACAAGUACAAGGAGCAGAGGGUCAGCGGCAUAGCUUCAGAAAAACUCCUCUGCGUGUGGAGGGACAUGGAGCAGACAGCACUCAACUGCGGCCAGACUGAGGAAGUAACAAAGCUAGAGGAGGAAAUGAUGGCACUUCAAACAGACAUUGUAGACCUGCAGAGGCAGCCAUGGAGGAGUGGAGAAGCGUUAGAGUCCCUGGAGGUGAAGGCCAUGGAUCUAUUCAGACGACUUCGAGAGAGGCCACGAGAUCAGCGUUGCCCUGGCGACUGCCAGGAGGUGGUGAAGCUGGUCGUUCAGGCCAUACAGUUCUACGAGAAGAAACUCAGAGACUUCUACUCACACCUGAGUAAGACGGUGCUGUGUAGGCAGCGUGUGAUGGAGUUGUUGCCGCGGGUGGAGGGGGUGGUGCAGCACAUGGCCCAGUGUGAGCAAGAGCUGCUCCAACUGCAGGAGAAGAGACAGAGGGAGCUAUGGGAACUACUCAAGGUGGCCUGUAGUAAAGUGCGCAGUCCUGUCAGUGGUAGUCCUGAUGGAGCUCGGACACCCUUGGCCCCCCCUCUACUCCCACACAGACCCCCGCUCCCCAGCAGCCUCACCACGCUACCCCAGCCUGAGGAGUCUCUUGUCAUGAUUGAGGAGAGCAGGACGUUUGAGAGUCGCCUGCAGAGUCUGUUGCAGGAGGCCAUUCAGGAAACAGAGCAGGACCUGCAGAUGAUGAGGGAAUGGGAGUGGCUGAAAGAUGACAAUCCCCAUACUCUCUGAUUCAGAUUGUGUGUGAGAAAGAUAUAAGGAGAAUGUACUGACCCCAACAAUCCAUGGAUCUGUAGUGCCACCUUGUGGAGACAGAGCGCCAGUGCAGCUGCUGCCCCCUGUAGGCCACUGGUGGAAGUGCUGCUCCUGCACCUCACCUCUCCACACUCGAACCCCUUUUACUUUGUUUUCAUUUUUAAAAUCUGUGUUUGGCCAUCUCAUCAUAAGUGGACAGUGCUUAAUACAAACGUAAACAAGGACCAAAGUUAAAGUUGACUGAUAUUCAGCAGACUCUUUUAUCCAAAGCGACACACACUUGCAGUGGCGGGUUAGGGAAUCAAACCACCCCAGCCGCGAAGGACCAAGACACACUGUGAUUCAAUCACUCAAACCAUUUGCCCAGGUGAUCUGAGACACAUUUGAUUAUGUACAUUUUGUUGUAUGAACACAUUCUGAUGCAUCCCCAAAAUGGAACUUGUUAUGGAUGUGAGGUAGGCAACUCCAUAAAUAUGAACAGAAGUGGUCAUUAACAUGUCCGGAUGUACACCUUGGAAAAUGCCCUUUCAAGGGAAAAAGGACUUCCUGGAUCACUGUAAAAGUGGGGAUUUAGGCGAGAAUAAUUGUUGAUGUUUCAGCACAUCUGUCCAUAGAACAGGACUGUGUGUACAAAGUAAUUUUUUUAGGAAAUGAUUUAAAUGCAGCCAGAGGACCAUAAGAAGCAAUUCAAUGUUAUUUUAUUCCUGUAAGUGGCGAAAAGAGUAAUGCAUUCAAAUCUGGACCACUAUCAUAUAAUGAUGUGUUUUAUGUUUUCUUUAAAGGUAUGUGUCUCUGUGAGGCUUAAAUAGUUUAUUUCUUUUACAAUAUAUAAAGGAUUAUAGGGGAUUUAAAUUUAAGAAAUGGAUGGACGUUUUGAUAUGUAUUUUGGCUGUUCCAUUUUCAUGUUUUAUAUCUUCCUCUUUGGAUAUAUUAUUGGAAAACAACUCAGGUGUCUGUGGGCUGUUAAACGAUUGUGAUGUGUCUGUUAUAUAAAAUAAUUAUGAUUAUG